AGCAAGCCGUCGCCGGCGGCAGAGCAGGAAUAAAGGGGGCUGGUGGUAAAAGGAGCUGGUGGAGGGCCGCCGGGAGGGGUGAGGGGCGUGGACGGCCCCCGACGGAGGGCGGGCUCGGAGGUGCCGGCUGGCCUUUUGCGCGACCGCUCUGGUGUUGGUCCCACAACCCCUAGCCACGAGAGGCUAGGCGUGUUUUGACAAUCGGUUGUGGGAUUCAGAGGUUCAGCAAUCAGUCCUUCGAAUCCAGAGGUUCAGCACCAGUCGUCAGUAUUAGGACUCCGGGGUCAGUAGGUCUAGUGUUUGGGAUGCCAAGGGAACCUGUCUUGUGAUCCGGGGUUCAACAUACAGAGGUAACAGUCACCAUCAUGCUCAAAGCCGUGAUCCUGAUUGGAGGCCCUCAAAAGGGGACUCGCUUCAGACCUUUGUCUUUUGAGGUGCCCAAGCCACUGUUUCCUGUGGCAGGGGUCCCUAUGAUCCAGCACCAUAUUGAGGCCUGUGCCCAGGUUCCUGGGAUGCAGGAGAUUCUGCUCAUUGGCUUCUACCAACCUGAUGAGCCCCUUACCCAGUUUCUAGAAGCUGCCCAGCAGGAGUUUAACCUUCCAGUCAGGUACCUUCAGGAAUUUGCCCCGUUGGGCACAGGGGGUGGUCUCUACCACUUCCGAGACCAGAUCCUGGCUGGGGGCCCAGAAGCGUUCUUUGUGCUCAAUGCUGAUGUCUGCUCUGACUUCCCCUUAAACGCUAUGUUGGAUGCCCACAGAUGCGAGCGUCACCCUUUCUUACUCCUUGGCACCACGGCUAACAGGACGCAGUCCCUCAACUAUGGCUGUAUUGUUGAGAAUCCACAGACACACGAGGUCCUGCACUAUGUGGAGAAACCCAGCACGUUUAUCAGUGACAUCAUCAACUGUGGCAUCUAUCUCUUUUCCCCGGAAGCCCUGAAGCCCCUUCGGGAUGUCUUCCAGCGUAAUCAGCAGGAUGGGCAAUUCUGCCUUGCUCUGGGGGAGGACUCUCCAGGCUUGUGGCCGGGGGCAGGUACCAUCCGUCUGGAGCAGGAUGUGUUCUCAGCCCUGGCAGGACAGGGCCAGAUAUAUGUGCACCUCACUGAUGGCAUCUGGAGCCAGAUCAAGUCCGCAGGUUCAGCCCUCUACGCCUCCCGCCUCUAUCUGAGCCGAUACCAGGUCACUCACCCAGAACGACUGGCCAAGCACACCCCAGGGGGCCCACGAAUCCGAGGAAACGUGUACAUCCACCCCACAGCUAAGGUGGCCCCAUCAGCUGUGCUGGGCCCCAAUGUCUCCAUCGGGAAGGGGGUGACCGUGGGUGAGGGUGUGCGGCUUCGGGAGAGCAUCGUCCUCCAUGGAGCUACAUUGCAGGAACACACCUGUGUUCUGCACAGCAUCGUGGGCUGGGGGAGCACCGUGGGGCGCUGGGCCCGUGUGGAGGGUACUCCCAAUGACCCCAACCCCAAUGAUCCCCGAGCUCGCAUGGAUAGCGAGAGCCUCUUCAAGGAUGGGAAGCUGCGGCCUGCCAUCACCAUCCUGGGUAUGUCUUCCUGGGGAGCCCAGGGCUGCGAGAGCAGUCCUGCAGGUGAAGGCCAGUGGCCUGUGGGGAGCGUUUGUUCAUCUGUGUGUGCGUGUGAUUCUUCUUUUAGCAAAGUGCCUGCUUUAGUCACAAAGUGCCUGCUGUGUGCCAGGUUCUGUGUGAGUCACUGGGGGCAGAAGGCCAGGGGCGCAUAUGGGCAGGAGGGAUCCCUCCCUGCUGGCAGUGGCCCCCAGCUCCCUGCCCCUGUCUGUCCUCCCAUGACCUCCCCCUGGUACCCCCUGUCCAGGCUGCCGCGUCCGGAUCCCUGCUGAGGUGCUCAUCCUGAACUCGAUUGUUUUGCCACACAAGGAGCUGAGCCACAGCUUUACCAACCAGAUCAUCCUCUGAGGGGGGCCUGCCAGAACGCCCCCAACUCCUACCCGCUCCCCUCGAGCUGCUGCCUGCUUGGCCAGCCAGUGUCCAGAAAGGACCAGUGAAAACCAGCAGGAUCUUCACGUGCCGGGGAGCAACGUGGGUGGCCUGGGGACUUCUGGGCUCCCUCCCUACUCCCUAAUAAACCCCGUGAACCUUGGUGCCA